AUGGGUGAUCUCGGUGGUGAUUUCAAACCUGACGAUGUACACUCUCCUAAUGACUGGGAACAUGUUAACCUGGGAUCCGAAGAGAGGAAUAAAAAGUUUCUGAGAUUGAUGGGUGGAAAGCCUGACCGUACACACAAGGGGAAAAUUGUGAUAGGGGAAGAUGUAGAAAGUGUCCACAAAGGAACCAAGGAUCCAUCUGUAAUAAACUUGGAGUUGGAGAAUCAGUUCCGUAAGAGUCUGGAGAAAUCUGACCCGUUCAACCGUCAUGCUGGUCUAGGCUGCCAGCGAAAGACUCAGUAUAUCUAUGUUAUAACUAAAAAGCUCAACAAUUUUGACCACAUGACGCCUAAUGACUUUGCAAAGUCUACACUCCCACUAGUGUCUUGUAUUUUUAUGUACCAGUAACACGGGCUCUGUUUGUGUGUGUGCCAAUUGUGUGACAUGUUCUAUUCUCCUGUUAGAUUAGUCUGUCUUAAAACAUGCACAUAUAAGAACAGAGAAUGAUCUUAUUGUUUUCUGACUGUCGUUAAAUACUGGGAAAUUAGCGUCUGCUUGCCGAUUCGACCGAUAGAUAAUCUUAUUGCCUGUCUGUCAUGUGGUGAAUGAGUCUGCUUCAUUGUUUCGCAUGUUGAAGAUGCAACAUUUGAGUUGUACUUCACCCCGUUUUAAUUUCAGGUAGAUUUAAACCAACAGUAAUCUUGGAAACGGAGUAUUUAAACUAAUCGGCAUUUUGAACAUGUUAGAAGGUGCUUUUCUGUGAUGUUCUUCCCCAGUGGGAGGUCUUCUCAAUCAGUAUUUGUUAAUUGGGGUUUGUGCAGUGACAAUGUUUCGUAUAAGUAGUUAGUUAUGGAAUCUGUAGUUAUUUUACACAUUUAAUAGAAGAUGCGUUUGGUUACUAUGCUAUAACUGAAGGUGGCAUUUAUUGACUUGGACGACUGACUUCAGUGAGUAUGUCAAUGGCUGAUAUGAUUAUGAGCAGUAAAUUGUGCUCGAAACGUCAUUAGUUAGUAUUACUGUAUAACACUGUGUGGUGUGUCGAAAUAAAAUCUUACCUAUAAUGGGGCUGAAAAUGAACUUCAUUGAGAGGGAGGGUUGGGGCGGUCGAUGAAAUUAUGAAGUUGCACCAAUUGAAAUGGGUAGGACAUAUUCCAAGCUGGCACCUUCGAUGGACAAAGUUAGCUGACUUAGGAUUAGGUUAGGGAAGGGUUAUAUGUGGUCAGAACAAGACGUGUAAUCAGUCCGUGAAGAUGUAGACUGCUCGGUUGGAAUCCCUAAGAUGCUGAGAACAUAUGGCUAGAGAGUGUUAGUGAUAUGGCGCAAAACUGUCCUCAUUGGUGUAGAAGUAUCCAUUCUUUGUAAUCUCACAGAUCCACUAAAUCCUAAUGUUACCCACGUUACCAUUCUUUCUCCCAUAAAAUUCUGCCCACUGUAGUUCUUAUGAAUUUAUUUCUUCUACUUUUGUGUACUAGGUGGAUUAUGGCAACUUACAGUGUUUUAUUUUUGUUCAGAGUUCUACUUUGAAAGUCAGUCAAUUCACUAGUGAGUGACUCAUAAAACUGGG